CGAGCUGUGACGUGACGUUGGCGGGCGCGCGCAGCGUGUCUCCCGGAAAGGAGCGGAACCUCGGGGUAGCUGGUGAGCUGGUGGCCGGGAUGCGGUGCGCUCGUGGCCGCCCGCCCCCCCGGAGCCGCGGCCGGCCCAGCAGGGAAGCUCUGGCUCCAUGAAGACCCUAGCUCUCAUUCUGUCUUUGUGCGUGACAAGAGCUGACUCCCACAACAUUGCCUGGUCCGCGGCCUUUCAGUAUGGGAAGGAUCGGCAUUUCCUGUCUCUUUCCUGCUUCUUGGCAUUUUAGCAUCUCUCCAGUGGGCUGUCCUCGAUUCCUAAACACCAGUUUACGCCAGGUCCUCGUCAUUAGCAUCCUGGCUGCAGCUGUGUCCCUUCUGUACUUCUCUGUUGUCAUCAUACGAAGCAAGUAUGGGUGGCUGUCGAAGGACAAGAAGUUUCAAAGGUACUUGGCCCGAGUCACAGACGUUGAGGCUACCGACACCAACAACCCCAACGUGAACUACGGCAUUGUGGUGGACUGUGGCAGUAGCGGCUCUCGGAUAUUUGUCUAUUGCUGGCCCCGGCACAAUGGCAAUCCUCAUGAUCUGCUGGACAUCAGACAGAUGAGGGACAAAAACCGAAAGCCGGUGGUGAUGAAAAUUAAACCUGGCAUCUCAGAGUUUGCUACCUCUCCAGAAAAAGUCAGCGAUUACAUUUCUCCACUUCUGAACUUUGCUGCAGAACAUGUGCCACGGGCAAAACACAAAGAGACACCUCUCUACAUUCUCUGCACUGCUGGAAUGAGAGUCCUUCCUGAAAGCCAGCAGAAAGCCAUCCUGGAGGACCUUUUGACCGACAUCCCUGUGCACUUUGACUUCCUGUUUUCUGACUCCCAUGCUGAAGUCAUCUCAGGGAAACAAGAAGGUGUGUAUGCUUGGAUUGGCAUUAAUUUUGUCCUCGGACGGUUUGAGCAUAUUGAGGAGGAUGACGAGGCGGUCGUGGAGGUCAACGUUCCUGGCAGUGAGAGCAGCGAGGCCAUCGUUCGGAAAAGGACAGCCGGUAUUCUUGACAUGGGAGGCGUGUCCACUCAGAUAGCGUACGAAGUCCCCAAAACUGUAAGCUUUGCCUCCUCACAGCAGGAGGAAGUAGCUAAAAACCUGCUAGCUGAAUUCAACCUGGGGUGUGAUGUCCACCAGACUGAACAUGUGUACCGAGUCUAUGUGGCCACAUUUCUCGGGUUCGGUGGCAAUGCUGCUCGGCAGAGAUAUGAAGACAGACUGUUUGCCAGCACGGUUCAGAAAAACAGGCUCCUGGGUAAGCAGACUGGCCUGACUCCGGAUGCUCCGUUCCUGGACCCCUGCUUGCCUCUUGACAUUAAGGAUGAGAUCCAGCAAAAUGGGCAGACCCUGUACCUCCGGGGGACAGGAGACUUCGACCUGUGUCGGGAGACCCUCCAGCCUUUUAUGAACAAAACCAAUGAGACACAGACUUCCCUCAAUGGAGUCUACCAGCCCCCAAUCCACUUCCAGAACAGUGAAUUCUAUGGGUUCUCUGAAUUCUACUACUGCACCGAGGAUGUCUUGCGAAUGGGGGGAGACUACAAUGCUGCUAAAUUUACUAAAGCUGCCAAGGAUUACUGUGCAACGAAGUGGUCAAUCUUGAGGGAACGCUUUGACCGAGGACUGUAUGCCUCUCACGCUGACCUCCAUCGGCUUAAGUAUCAGUGUUUCAAAUCAGCCUGGAUGUUUGAGGUGUUCCACAGGGGCUUCUCCUUUCCUGUCACAUACAAAAACCUGAAGACAGCCUUGCAGGUGUAUGACAAGGAAGUGCAGUGGACGCUGGGGGCGAUCCUCUACAGGACCCGCUUUUUGCCCUUGAGAGACAUCCGGCAGGAGGUGUUCCGGGCUGGCCACGGGCACUGGCGGGGUGUGUCCUUCGUCUACAACCACUAUCUGUUCUCUGGCUGCUUCUUGGUCGUCCUGCUGUCCAUCCUUCUCUACCUGCUUCGACUGCGGCGCAUCCACCGCAGGGCACCCCGAACUGGCUCUCUGUGGAUGGAGGAAGGCCUGCCCUCCCAGAAGGGCCCUGGUCCCUUGUGACACUGUGUCAGUUUGAGGAGGACUCUACAGGAAAAGCCAUUUUUGCCUCAGGGUUUCUCUGUAUGCUCAGACGGUUUUGUGACCCCUUUCUUUUCUGUUACAACAAAACCCACUGAUUGUAAACCCUUUUGUGUAGAGGUGUUGCCAUUCUGAGUACAGCUUUAACUGGAGGAGUGGGGAAAGGGAAUUCACCUAGUUUGUGCUGCACAGUAUCUGCCACACAUUCGUAAGGUUCUUGGUUGUCUCUGGGACGGGCUGCAUUCUCAGCGCAUGACCUGGAUAGUGGAGGGCAGUGGGCAAGUUCCCAUCAGUGAGGAUGGGACUUCAGCUGGGCCUGGGAUGGAACCUAGAAGUGAGUUAGGCCUUCUGUCUCCUCUCUGAAAUCACAAGCCUGGAAGAGGUAUUUGAAUUUAUCUGUUGCUCAGGUCCGUCACUACCUGUGUUUUCUUUGCAGAUUUAAGAAUUCAGUCAUUCAUAGCAAAAAUUGACAAAAUAUUGGCCCAGGGAAGUACUACUGAAUGAAGGGUUGUGACGGAUACGAACCCCUGAGGAGAGCCUUGUCUGGCUGCAGCUGAAGCACAUGCCUGUGAAUUGCCGUUCUUGUCCCUGGGUUCAGGAAACUGUUGCCCUCUUAUAGCAGCAUUGGGGGUUUUGCUUGUAUGGUUAUUUGUUUUGUUUCUUUGUUUGUUUUUAAACCAGAAAGUUUUUAAAGUUCCCCUGGUUUAGUGGUCUGAGAACUGGAGUGUCCGCUGCGGGUGCUCCAGCGCUUCUGAGAAGCAGACCUGUGCUGGGCUGCUCUCUUCCACUUUCAGAUGGCUUCAGUGCUUUUCUCUGGGACACUCCACACACUGCGUGACAGUUCUCACUGUCACCUGUGGUUGCAUCAUCGUUGGCAUUGCCACUGUGAGCCCAUACCAUGGGAGAGCCUGAAUUUAAAACAAGAAAUAAAUGCAUACGUUGAAAACCUA